AUAAACACCCCAUGCAGUUUACAGCCUGUGUGCGGAACAGUCUUGCAGGGAUGACUUGAGUUCACAAAACAGGUUGCUGGAAAUGUGUUUUUUAUUUCCCCCGCCAGGCCGGCCUGCGAUGUUUUCAGCUGCGGCCAAGAUGGGGGCCGUCACAGCUUUGCCUUGAGAAAGAUCCUGACCCUGAAUUAGCGAGAGGAAACUUCUUCCAGCGAGGGUGGGAAGGGUUUGCCUGGGGCUGGCAUGCGUUCCGGAGAUCCCGGCCACAAAAGAUCGCUCCUGAGCCCAGCCACUCAGUCGUCCCCCUCCAAACGUUCCUCCCUCUUCCACCAUGGCGUUUGCCGACCUACUUGAGAAGAUCGGGGGCAUGGGCCGCUUCCAGGUCCUGCAGGUGGCCUUGCUGGUCACUCCUGUCUUGCUGGUCGCCAGCCACAACCUGCUGCAGAACUUCUCCGCCGCCAUCCCGGACCACCACUGCCGGAUCCGGCUGAUCGGCAACGCCACCAACCCUGGCCAUGCAAACAGAACUACUCAAAAGCCAGGGGUAGAGGAGGACCUCCUGUGGAUCUACAUCCCCAAAGACGUGGCCGGGAAGCCGGAGAAGUGUCGCCGGUUUGUUACACCCCGCUGGCACCUCCUCAAUUCCAGCGCCGACGACAGCCACAAUGUGACACAGAUGGACACGGAGCCAUGCUAUGAUGGGUGGAUCUAUGACAACAGUGUUUUUGUCAACACUAUCAUCAUGGAGUGGGAUCUGGUGUGUAACCUGCGGACCCGGAGACAGAUGGCACAGUCCAUUUACAUGGGGGGAGUUCUGGUGGGCGCGCUCGUGUUUGGGAGCUUAGCUGACAGAUUUGGGCGCAAGCCAGUUUUAAGCUGGUCCUACCUGCAGAUGGCUGUUGCGGGACUGUGCACCGCUUUCUCCCCGAAUCUCACAGCCUACUGCGUCUUCCGCUUCCUGGUCGGCAUGUCGUACUCUGGGAUUAUCCUGAACUGCAUGUCCUUAGUCCUCGAGUGGGUACCGACCAAAGUGCGCACGAUUGCUGGGACUGUGGUGGGAUAUUCUGCAACCACCGGGCAAAUCAUCCUUCCUGGACUGGCCUACGCCCUCCCAGACUGGCGCUGGCUCCAGUUUGCUGUUUCAGUGCCCUUUCUCGCCUUCUUUGUCUACUCCUGGUGGUUUGCAGAAUCCGCACGGUGGUUAAUACUCUCGAACCGACUGGAACAGGCUGUGAAAGUUCUUAAGAGGGUAGCGCAGAUCAACAGGAAAAUGGAAGAGGGAGAGAAACUCAGCACAGAGGUCUUAAAAGCUAGCAUGCAGAAAGAAUUGUCUCUGACACGAUCAUCCUACACAGCCGUCAGCUUAGUUCGUACACCCACCGUGCGCCGGAUCUCCUGUUGUAUUUCCAGUGUCUGGUUUGCCACUAGUUUCGCUUACUACGGCCUCGUCAUGGACCUCCAGAAUUUUGGCUUCAGCAUCUACCUGAUCCAGGUGGCAUUUGGCUGCAUCGACAUCCCGGCCAAGCUGGGGGCCGCCAUCGGGAUGAGCUACAUCGGACGGAGAACCACACAGGCCUCUUCUGUCAUCCUGGCUGGCUUAGCCAUCCUGGCCAAUAUAUUUGUGCCGCAAGAUCUAUACACCUUGAGGACCUCCCUGGCAGUGCUUGGAAAAGGAUGCUUGGCUUCAUCCUUUAAUUGCCUCUAUCUCUACACAGGCGAGCUCUACCCAACCGUGAUCAGACAGACCGGGAUGGGGCUAGGAAGCACCCUGGCUCGUGUGGGGGGCAUAGUGGCGCCGAUGGUAAAAAUGACCGGGGAAUAUUUUCCAUACCUCCCACCUCUCAUAUACGGGACAGCCCCAAUUCUGUCUGGGAUUGCCGCUUUCUUCCUGCCAGAGACACGCAACAGACCGCUCUCAGAUACCAUCGAAGAAGUUGAGAGUGGACAGGUGCCAGAGCAACAUCUCCCUACCAAGGACCAUGAGCAGGUUUUGCUGCAGAAGGUGGGCCAGGAGAUGCCCCAGGAACCUGGACUGUGCUAAGAUGGGGGCAGAGGAAGCCGCUGGCCAUCUGCUGGGAAUCGCCAUGCCUUGAGCAUCCUCUGGAGGGAGGGAGGAGGGACGAGGGAGCGUCAGAAAUUGACAUGAAUGGACCAAAUAAAACAAAGAAAUCAAUUGCAGCACAUCUCUCUCUGGGCACAGGCAGAAGAUCAGGCCGAGCCUUUUUGCUUGUGGCAAAACGAUGCAGAAACCGGCAUUUGGGGUGCAAAAUUCCCGAUGUUCUUGCAUGGGCAUAGCCAGCAUUUAUGUUAGGGGGGCAGGAACACCCACCUGUCAUCACCCUCUCUCUGGCUCUGUCUAGCAGAUUCGGAAUGAAACAUCACAACAACAGUUGUUUUAAAUUACUUUAUUUUCACCCCAAGUGCUCAGAAAAAUAUCUGUAAAAAUAUUCAGUCAUUUGAAAACUGGGAAGCUAAAUAAAAAAAUUAACAUCA